AUGUGGGCAUUAUCCCACUUCAGUAAUGGUUUAUGGCUGACUGGUGGCAAGCGCAAAGCAAUUAAAGCAUUUAAUACGAGCAUCGCAAAAAAAGAAAUCAUGGCCGGGCCGAAGUAUCAAAAUAAGGGCGAUGAAAAUGGAGAUGGCUUCACGUCCAGCUCUUCAGAAUGGGAACCCUACAUUUCAAGUGCAAAGACGAAGGCGAAAAAAGUUAAAUUGGAACGUUACAAGCGCCCGUAUUCCAGAUCGAAUAGUACCAUCAUCACUCCUUCCAACAAAGCUGCCGCUGUUUCUGCGGUUCCCAUAAGUAUUCAAAGUGACCGACUCGAACCUAAUCAAAGCCAGAACAAAUCAAACUCAACAAUCAAUAAUACCAUUAAUUUACGAGACACGAUUCAAAAGUUUCAUCGACUAGACGAUACAUUUAUUGAGUUGUUGGAACUGAUUAAACAACUGAAAUUAGCCCUCGGUUAUUGCAAAAUGCCGUUGCAGUCUACAGUGAACCUUGCCUCUGCAGGACAGGCUGUACCCGUCGGGCCUAAUUUCACGACUCAUGAUGGAUUACAAGGUUCAUCCAGGCCGUCGAAUCAGUCUUUGAAUGAAUCCAAGCAGAAUGACAAUAACAUCAGUGAGAAUGAGGAGUUCAAUAGAUCGGACGAUAACGUUCUUAUAACUUAUAAGUAUAACACAGUUAGUGGGCAGACGACGCAGGAGAAUGAGGAAAUGGAACAAGAAUGGGUUCCAAUCGGCUUUGGCAAGACAAUGAUACAUAAAGACCAAUACAAAAAAAUUAACUGGAAGUCGUAUACUACUGCGACAAGAUCAUUGCUGGUGGCUUUAUUUCCCAGAAAGGUUCUGGCGACGCACUCGCUGACCGGCAAACCCUCACCAGCAUUCCGAAACAAGCCAGCUAAGGUGUGUUUGGAUCAAAAUAAAAUUUCGGCUGUAAUCAUGGAAGUUGUAAACAGAUUCAAAGUUCGCGAAAAUUUUGUCAGGAACAUCAUUACAAUUAAAUGUGCAGACGAAUGCAAAAUGUGGAAAGCCCGCUGUAAGAGGAACGCUUCAGAAAAUAAAGAAAACUUGGAAAACAAAGAAUAUACAGAAAACGAAUAA